AUGUCGUCCUGUGAGCUGAGAUACACCAUCAUGUUUCUGAGCAGAAUCGGCAGACUGGUUAUUGGCCAGAAUGGUAUUUUAUCCACACCUGCUGUUUCAUGUAUUAUCCGAAAGAUCAAAGCAGCUGGUGGAAUUAUUCUAACAGCUAGUCACAGCCCGGGAGGACCUGGAGGAGAGUUUGGAGUCAAGUUCGAGGUUGCCAAUGGAGGGCCUGCCCCAGACGUUGUUUCAGAAAAAAUUUAUCAAAUCAGCAAAACCUUGGAGGAAUAUGCCAUUUGUCCUGAUCUUAGAGUUGAUUUAUCUCGCCUAGGAAGACAAGAAUUUGAUCUGGAGAACAAAUUCAAACCUUUCCGAGUGGAAAUUGUUGAUUCUGUGGAUAUCUACCUCAAUCUCCUUCGAAGUAUCUUUGACUUCAAUGCGAUCAGAAGUUUUCUGACUGGACCCAACCAGAUUAAGAUAAGGAUUGAUGCCAUGAAUGGAGUUAUGGGACCUUAUGUGAGAAAAAUCCUGUGUGAUGAAUUAGGAGCUCCUGCAAAUUCUGCAAUAAACUGUGUUCCUCUGGAGGAUUUUGGUGGACAGCCUCCUGAUCCCAAUUUAACAUAUGCAGCUGCCUUGCUGGAGGCUAUGAGAGGUGGAGAGUAUGGAUUUGGCGCUGCUUUUGAUGCUGAUGGAGACCGCUACAUGAUCCUUGGCCAAAAUGGUUUCUUUGUUAAUGCAUCUGAUUCGUUGGCAAUUAUUGCUGCCCAUCUGUCUUGCAUUCCAUACUUCCGUCAGACGGGUGUUCGAGGAUUUGGGAGGAGCAUGCCUACCAGCACAGCCCUUGACAAAGUGGCUAAAGUAAUGAAAGUUCCUGUGUAUGAAACACCAACAGGAUGGAGAUAUUUUUCCAAUCUCAUGGACUCUGGACGUUGCUCACUUUGUGGAGAGGAAAGCUUUGGCACUGGGUCCGACCACCUUCGAGAGAAAGAUGGACUGUGGGCUGUGCUAGUUUGGCUUUCAAUUCUAGCAGCUCGAAAGCAGAGCGUGGAGGAGAUUGUCAGGGAUCACUGGGCAAAAUUUGGCCGGCACUACUAUUGCAGGUUUGAUUAUGAAGGCUUGGAACCCAGAACUGCCUAUUUCAUAAUGAGAGACCUGGAAGCUUUGAUCACUGACAAGUCAUUCAGCAAUCAGCAGUUUGCUGUGGGUAGCAAUAUCUACAGUGUGGAAAGAACAGACAGCUUUGAGUACAUGGAUCCUGUGGAUGGCACUGUGACCAAAAGACAGGGCUUGCGGAUUGUUUUUUCGGACGCUUCCAGGCUCAUCUUCAGGAUGAGUGCUUCUAGCCACGUGCGAGCUACCCUCCGGAUCUAUGCAGAGAGUUAUGAGAAGGAUCCUAGCCAACAUGACAAGGAACCACAGGCUGUGCUGAGUCCUCUUAUAGCCAUUGCACUGAAAAUAUCUCAGAUCCACGAGAGGACGGGGCGAAAGGGACCCACCGUCAUCACCUGAAGGCACAAAGGAUCAUUAAACCAGGGCCAAAAGGGGAACAGCAAGGAAGAGACAGGACCUUGCUGAAACUCGUUAGCUGUUUGUGCCUUGUAUGAUU